AAAAAGGUCAAAUAUUGAAUCUGUAUAGUCUCUGGAACAAUAAUGGUCAUUUCAUACCAUGAUUUGAUAGAUUUGCAGUCCUUUUUAAAAGUGUCAGCUGAAUGCUAUGAAUACACAGCUCUAUUUUCAGGGACGACGGCGCUCAGUUUAGUACACAGCAGGGAAGAGGAAGUAAAAGAAUGGAACAAGUGGAAAAGUGUCUCAGAUGCUGAAGCUUCAUGCUGAGGUCUGCAGCAGCUAUGCUGUUUGAUACACUUCAUCUGAAGAUUUACCCUUUAAUGAUCUUCUGUGACGCUUUGUUCCUGCACACAGUUCUGAUCCAAUGCAGUGUAAACUCCACAGCGACAGCAGUGAUUCGGUUUUCAGUCCCGGAGGAUCACCACAUCUGUUUGCAGUGCGGUGGUUCCGACAGCUCUGAUGUAGUCUGGACUCAUCAGGACCCUAAGGUUCUGGUGUCACGAAAGGGCAGCUACGAAACCAACGAGGACCCCCAUCGUUACUACCUCCUGUUUGGCGGAGGCCUCUGCCUCCUGCAAGUCGACGACUCUGAUGGGGGGAACUUCAGCUGUAACAAGCAGCUGGUGGCAGAGCUGCAGGUGAUGUCAGGCAAGGACUUCGUGGUUUCUGCAGGCCGGACGCUGCUGCUCCCUUGCAGCGACUCCAAGCGCAAGAAGUUGUACCAGCGGAGGAAUGGGGGGAGGUGGGAGACCAUCCUCACACUGUUCAGGGACGGUACAGUGAGAGCAGAGAGGAGCCGGAUCAGCCUAAGGAACAAUGCCCUGCAGAUCCAGGACCUGCAGCUGGAGGACGCCGGGGAGUACGUUUGUAAUGGGAAGCUGCAGGCCAGACUCACCGUCCUGACAGUGCCACCUGAGCCGACCACCAUCCAGCCAACCACCAGAACAACAGCUGUUGUCGUCGUGGAAACGGAGGAGGUUGAAAUAAAGACGAAGGAGAAGAAGACCCCUGUGAACGCCCUGCUGAUGGUUGCUGUGGCGGGGCUGGGGUUAAUGAUCCUUCUCAUGGCCGGCGUCUGUGUUGUACUGACCAGCAUGCAUUGCAGGAGGAGACACAGAGGUGCAGCAGAGAGGCAGGAAGACUCGGAGCUGCAGCCGUGGAAUACGUCCAACACACAAACUGAGUAUGAGGACUUUGAGAUUCCGUCUCCACUGGAGGAGGCGGUCCAUUACGCCUCUCUGGGCCGACACAACUGGAGGGAGAGACCCAGCAAUACUCCAACAGACCAGAACCAGGACAAUGUCAUCUACUCUGCUGUCGUCACCAGACCAGCCGUUAAACAGAAAGCUCCUCUGCUGAACCCUGCACUCUAACAUAUGCAGUCUGAUGAAUUGUUAAAGAGGCCCUUAUUAUGCUUUUAGGGUUUUCCCUUUCCUGUAGUGUGUUCUAUAUGUUUUUGUGUAUGUAAAUGGUCUGCAGAGGCUAAAAUCCCUGUGUUCCCUCCAGAGGGAGUUUCUCUCCCACACACUCUCUCACCCGUACUGCCGGAAACGUCUCCAUGUAACAUAAUGACAUCACUAUGUAACACUUGUGCUUGUAUUGGCUAGCGCUCCAACGCAUUGUAGGUGAUAGGCUAAGGGGCGGGACUUUUUAAGCGCUUGCCAAUCAGAGAGGGGCAGGACAUUUCAAGAAGCUAACCAAUCAGAGCAGACUGCCUCUGGUUUCAGAAAGAUGGUGAAAAGAGGUUAUGCAGGACAGGCAGUACGAGAAAAAUAAAGAGCUUUCUGAACAUUAAAGCAUGGAGACAUGACACAGGUGAGACACUUCAUACUGAUAUGAAGCUGAACAUUUCCAGAAUAGAGCCACUUUAAAUAUUAAACCGUAAUCUUAACCAUAGAGAUGCAUGGUAUAAAAACGGAUCUACCUACAUGUAUGCAUUUUUGUUCACUUUACUUUUUUCACCUUUUGUUCUUUAAUAAAUACGUCUUGAGAAAUUGUCCAA